GAGAAGAGCAAAGAAGAAAAAGAAUUCACCUUUCUCAUUGAAAAGUCUCUUCCAACUUAAACCACCAACCCAUCACUUCGACCAGAAAAAAAACCCAUCGAAAUCCCAAUUGCUCAAAGACCUAACAAGCUUUGAAUCCCAUCACCUGAAUCCACCGUCUCAGAAUCCACCAUCUUAAAUCUAGCUGCAAGAAGAACCCAGAAAGGAAAGAGAAGAAGAAGAGUAUAAAACUGGAAAUCAAUAUCCCAAUCUCUCCCUCUUCUUCUUUGAAAUGGCGUACGUAGACCAUGCCUUCUCAAUAACAGACGACGACUUAAUGAUAGAGACAUCAUACGUUGUCAAUAAUCGCCCACCCAUCAAGGAGAUCGCUCUCGCCGUCUCUCUCCUCGUUUUCGGCGUUGUAGGUAUCGUUUUGGGCAUUUUUUUGGCUUCCAACAAAAUCGGCGGUGACCAUGCUCAUGGGCUUUUCUUUGCAAUUCUGGGAAUGGUACUGUUUAUACCGGGAUUUUAUUAUACAAGGAUUGCUUACUAUGCUUAUAAGGGAUACAAAGGCUUCUCUUUCGCCAACAUACCUCCCGUCUAGUUGUUGAUUAGUUGAAGCUUCAGUAUGCGCCCACCUACUUGUGACACUUGUUUUGACAGAGGCAGUAGCUAAGCAUGGUAACUUGGAUAUCUUUGUGCCAUUGUGGAGAAAUUAUGAAUGAGGUUAACUACAAAGUUGGAGAUGUAAUUUGAGGUUGGUUGGUUUUGGGAAAGCCAUAGCUGAGAAUUGUCCAAAUGAAUCGGUUGAGCUGUGAUCCGAAGAAUCAUGUUCAAAAAUAUGUAUGCAUUUAAUCUGUAAAAUUUUGCUUUCAUCUGUUUUAACUUAUGUCAUUUUUCCUUAUACUCAAUGGACUGCGCGUUCGCUUCUUGCUUCCAACGAGCAAGUUGUAGUGCCUGUGGCAGUUGAAAGUUGCCAAAAUUAGUUUGAAAAAUUGUUCUAGUAAUAGGGUUUACCUUAAGAAAAUGUAAAUAUGGAAAGAGAAGAGUUGAGUUCUUCAGCAUUAUUUUUAUCUUCUUUUUCAGCCUUGUAGACAUAAAUCAUGUACUAGCAUAAUACAAAUUAUGUUUUGUAAGAAUA